CUUAGCCCCCGUCAGUCGUCCUGCAUUCCGUCCUCCUCGAUAGGCUGAACAGCCCAAAAAGGCCAUCGUCCAUUAAAAUGGGCUGGUGGAACGCGGCCACGUGCGUGGUGCUAGCUGUGCUGGUUACUGCCAUCAUUGCUGCGAAUCGCCGAGAACCAACGGACGCAUUUCGGAUGAUUGGUGCAUUCCCACGAGCCGUUAGCAUCUCUACGUCGAGCAACGACUCGUCCUUCAAGUGCCUGAGCGCCAUUCGAACGCACUUUGAUCCACAAGCAAAGAAGGCCACCUACGUUUGGCGCCUCAGAGACGACGAGGGCCGAGUGAAGAAAAAUGUAAGCUUCGAUAUCGAGGAGGGAAAUUCCAUUGACCAGGUCACUUACUUUGUUGACAAUGAUCGCACUCGCCCCUUCACUGCCUACUACAACUACACGGACUACAAGAACUGCAUGAUCAUAAUUGUUCCCUACAAUGGCCACGAUCAUUGUAUGCUGUGGGUGAAACGCGUGAUCGCUCAUUCUGUUCCUCAGCACUGCCUGGAGCGGUACGAAGAGAACUGUGAAGUCAGAGUGCCAACGUUCGAAAACGACCUCUGCAAGGACGACUAAAUAAAGUCACGACAUUUCACUGGAUUUUUAUGUGUGUGUACACUUGGCAACUUAUACAGCCACCCAGCUGAUAGAACAAGCAAAAGGUUGGUUCGUUGCUGUCUGGCUUCAUUUCGGGCUUGUUCAAUAAAAAAGAACGGAUUUCAA